AUCUCAACUUUACAUAUGGGUUUCUUCGCAUUUUCCUUUUCCUCUAUGAAAAAUUUCUUCUAAAUGCAACCCACUUUUUCCUUUUUCUUUUCAUUCUUGUCCCUCUUCUUUUAUCUAUCAAUUAAGCCAUAAAAGCUUUAUACUUGAUUUCAUCAAUGAAACUAAUGAUAAUUGACCGAAUUCAACAAACCCAUUUUGUUGAUUUAGCUGUUUAAGCCAGCGAACAAGAGAUUAGCUGUCACAGUCCAAUAAUUGAAGACCUUUUUUUUUUUUGUUUUACUUUAAUAUAAUUUUGGAGUAUUUAUUGGUUGCUUGUUCAUUUUUCCUAUGAAUUCUUCUUGAUAGAGACAACCUAUGACGACAAUUUUAAAGUUUAUAAAAUCGUCGAGUGUGUCAAAUGGAACCAUAAAUUUUCCAUCCAAAUAAUAAUAACUAUAUUUUUUGUGGGUUGUAUACAAUGAAGAUUCUUUUCAUAUCGUGAAGCCUCCUGGGAAUAUUUUUCUGGCUAUAGGAUGGGGACUGCUAGAUAUUUAAAAUUUUUUGUUAUGAUUUAGUAGAAAAGAAUGAAGCUGGAAUUUUUGUUGACUUGGCUUUUAUAGAACAAAGAGAAAAUGGGUAAUCUAUUUUGUUGUAUACAAGUUGACCAGUCCACUGUAGCCAUCAAGGAGAGAUUCGGUAAGUUUGAGGAUGUACUCGAACCUGGAUGCCAUUGCCUACCCUGGUUUCUUGGAAGUCAGCUUGCUGGCCACCUGUCGCUGAGAUUGCAGCAGUUGGAUGUUCGUUGUGAGACCAAGACUAAGGACAACGUAUUUGUCAAUGUUGUUGCAUCUAUUCAAUACCGGGCAUUGGCAGAUAAGGCAAAUGAUGCCUUUUACAAACUCUCCAACACAAGGACACAAAUUCAAGCCUAUGUUUUUGAUGUUAUUAGAGCAAGUGUUCCAAAGCUAAAUCUGGAUGAUGUUUUUGAACAAAAGAAUGAAAUUGCUAAAGCUGUUGAAGAAGAACUUGAGAAGGCAAUGUCUGCCUAUGGGUAUGAGAUUGUUCAAACACUUAUUGUGGACAUAGAACCUGAUGACCAUGUGAAACGUGCAAUGAAUGAAAUCAAUGCUGCUGCAAGGCUGAGGGUGGCAGCUAAUGAGAAGGCAGAGGCUGAGAAAAUUCUGCAAAUCAAACGAGCUGAAGGUGAGGCUGAGUCUAAAUAUUUGUCAGGGCUGGGUAUUGCUCGCCAGCGACAAGCAAUUGUCGAUGGUUUGCGAGAUAGUGUGCUUGGAUUCUCUGUUAAUGUCCCUGGGACUACUGCAAAGGAUGUCAUGGACAUGGUCUUGGUCACUCAGUACUUUGACACCAUGAAAGAAAUUGGUGCUGCUUCUAAAUCUUCGGCUGUGUUUAUCCCUCAUGGUCCUGGAGCUGUUCGUGAUGUUGCUACUCAGAUUCGUGAUGGACUCCUCCAGGCUGCACAUCAGUAACUAUAUGCCUUUUCAAUGACUUAUAUAGGGUUUUGCUUGGGACAAGCAUUUAUUGGGGUUUUUUUUUUUUUUUUUUGGGGG